CAAUGCCGGGGCUGGCUGCGCCUGUUGGAGUUCCCACUGGGAAGUUCGAACCACGGCGUUUGCGACAAGGGCCCCGACCGACCGACAUUGAAUUUCCCGAACCCGCGCGGCGCAAACCCACGAUCGAUCACCCCUCCCCUCCCCCCCGGGCCUAAACCUCACGAACUUUCGAUACCGGACCUUACGAAAACACGAGCCUUAGUCUUCACUCACAAUGGCGAUCCCCCAAAAGUCCUCCUACUACGAUCGUAACCUCCGUCAAGGGCCUGCCCUGAUUAGAGCGCGCAAGCCUUACCUCACCAAGAACCUCGCUGUCGGUGCUGGACUGUGGUGCUUCGUCGGCGCAGUGUACUGGUACACGAUUAAGGCGGUCGGACAAGAUGAGUUCGAAGACGUCAAGGUUCCCGAUGCUCCGAGGCAGCCAGCAAAGUCCAACUAGGCCGAUGGACAGUAUGGCAGAGGAAAUGCGUGAUGUACGAGUUUAGCGCGGGAUGGGAUAAAAAAGUCCCGAGGGAUAUAAAAAUGUGAGAGUAUCUCAGUAUGCAUGGAAGCAUAUGCCA